ACGACACGUCGUUUCAUAAUAUUUCCCUCUCGCAGCGUAGUCCGAUUUUCCUCUUCCCUCUGCUGCUUCGAUUGCUCUGCAUGAGCCUGCGUUUCAAGCGAAGAACCUCGGGAAGCUACCAAGAUCGCAGUCGCAUCACAUCUUAGCUCGCCGGAGAUGGAGAGCGCAUCGGAGCUAGUGCCAUUUCCACUGCUGCUCACACCGAUUGAGUCCAAUUACAGAGCCUGCACCAUCCCUUACCGUUUCCCUUCCGAUAAUCCUCGCAAGCCCACGCCCAUUGAGCUCUCAUGGAUCGACGUCUUCUACAAUUCCAUCCCUUCCUUCAAAGAACGGGCGGCGAGUGAUCCCACAGUCCCAGAUGCCGAGACUAAAGCUGAAAAAUUUGCCCAGAGGUAUGCUCAAAUACUUGAUGACAUGAAGAAAGAUCCUGAAAGUCAUGGAGGACCUCCCGACUGCAUUCUUCUAUGUAGACUUCGGGAGCAAGUCCUGAGAGAAUUGGGAUUCAGAGAUAUAUUCAAGAGAGUGAAGGAUGAAGAGAAUGCAAAGGCUAUAUCCUUAUUUGCUGAGGUCAUUCGCCUGAAUGAUGCCAUUGAAGAUGAUAAUAAGCGCUUGGAGAAUCUGGUUAAAGGAAUAUUUGCUGGGAACAUUUUUGAUCUUGGUUCGGCUCAGCUAGCUGAAGUUUUCUCAAGGGAUGGUAUGUCUUUCUUAGCGAGUUGUCAAAAUCUUGUUCCUCGACCUUGGGUGAUUGAUGAUUUGGACACGUUCAAACUCAGAUGGAGUAAAAAGUCAUGGAAGAAGGUUAUAAUGUUUGUUGAUAAUUCCGGUGCAGAUAUUAUUUUGGGCAUUUUGCCAUUUGCUAGAGAGUUACUCCGGCGCGGAACUCAGGUUGUCUUGGCGGCCAAUGACUUGCCCUCGAUUAACGAUGUAACUUAUCAUGAGCUAAUUGAAAUUUUAUCGCAGCUGAAGGAUGACCGUGGAGAGCUUGUGGGCGUCAAUACUGCCAACCUUUUAAUUGCCAAUUCUGGCAACGAUUUGCCGGUCAUUGACCUCACUCAAGUAUCCCAGGAGCUUAGCUACCUGUCAACUGAUGCAGAUCUAGUUAUCUUGGAAGGAAUGGGUCGUGGAAUUGAGACAAAUCUUUAUGCUCGAUUUAAGUGCGAUUCGCUAAAGAUCGGCAUGGUAAAGCAUCUGGAGGUUGCACAAUUUCUUGGAGGAAGGCUCUACGAUUGCGUCUUCAAGUACAACGAAGUUUCUAGUUGAUCAUCCUUGGGUAUAUUUUACCUCAUUUUUUUUAUAUCAUUAACUAUUUGAUCCUUGUAGGAUUAUUUAGACCCCGCUGUUGCUUGAAAAAUACCUUGCUUUAUUUAUAUGAACGAACUUGAGUCCAUUCCGUAAUUAUGAGGAGACGGGAGGGAUGUAUUUUUUUUUUUUUUUAUCUUAGAAAUUAGCAAAUAAAUAUAAAAAAACCUGGAAAAUUGUUGACA